UGCUUUCUGGUCAUUGCUCCUUUGCCCCGGGAUUGCGCCUGGCUCGCUCCCUGCCCCUGCCGGCUUGACCUUGCUCCUCUCCUGCCCGGCGGGGAGCAGCCCCGGCCGGCGAGCGCCUGAGCGCUGCGCAGGCUCAGCUCUGGCUCGGGCAUGCUCACUGCCACCCGGGGAGCGACAGCGGGGAAAGUUGCGAGGGGGAGCCGGCAGGGUUUAAAUGCGAGGGAGCGGGGCUGGGACUGGGCGGGUUGAAGCGCUGCCGCCGCCGCUCUCCCCCUGCCGAAGUACCUCCAGGGAGCCGGGCAGCUCUCCCGGCGCCCAGUCUGCCGCCCUAAGGCACCCUGAGAGGGAGCAGCGCGGGGCCGUCCAGCCCCCCAGCCCUGCGCUCCCCGCGCGUCUGCUGCGUGUGCCCAGCCGGGCUGAGCCGACAAGCCCAGGAAGCGCUCCAGCGAGCCCGCCCAGCCUGUGCCCACAGCCCGUCUCCGCCCCAAGAUUUUACAGCGUGCGGCCACCCAGCCUGCAGCUCCGAUCGGGCAAAGCCUUGCAAGUCUGCGCCUCUCUGCAGCCUGCCGGAGCUGCCCAGCCCUCUUCGCCUCCCCAGAGGGACCCGCUGCCACCAUUCGUCUCCCCGCGGCGGCGGCACCCCAGCCUCGGGAAUCGCAGUGUUUGGCGUGUGCGUGUGCACAGGGGGAUUGCUACGAAAGGCAUCAACCUGUAGGCUGAGAUUUGUCUUGCAGCAGCUACCUGUUUGGAAAGCGCUUUGCGGGUACGGCAGGAAAAGCGCCCCGCGACUUAUGCAACCUCUUCUCAGUCUGCGGGCGGGCAAGUAAACUAGGUCUCCGGCCCCGGCACAGCACAGCCUUUCCAGGGAGAGGGCUCCCGAUCCCGGGCUGGCUGGAUCCGGAUGAGGAGGGAAGCAGGCAGCGGGAGGAGAGAGCCCAAGUGUGGGCAAGCGGCUUUGCGAGGCAGCGCAGGCAAGGAGCUCCACCGCGGCCAGCUGAUACCUGCACUUCCCCGGGCUAUCAGGAUACACUGAGUUGCUCUGACGGAGAGAAGCUCUCCGAGCCUGGUGGGUGGCUCAGAUUGUGAUCAUCAGCCUAGAGAAGUUGCAGGAAAGAGAGAUUGCCCCACCCUUUACCCAUAUUCUCCCUUCCCCCACAUCCAGGCGGCAGACACGGGACAGGUAACCUAACGAGCCGAGCGAUGGUGCACUGGCUUUCCUGGAGCCUCAGAAAGAUAAACCCGGCUCCCGCAUUCUCAGCACUGCUGAGCUCGAGCAGCGACUGAACCAGCAGCAGCAGCAGCAAAAACAGCCCCCACCGGAGCAGUGUGGGAGCUAUUGCGCAAUUCUGCCCAGAUUUGCUUCCUUCCCUCCCUCCUCUCCAAUCCUCAAUGCUGCUCAACUCACGAGGAAACAGAAAGCUGAUUCAUGGAUCCCAGACCCAGCUUCCUCUGUGCUGCUGUCCAUAAGAAGAUCAUGGUGCUGCUGCUGCUUGAGACUUUGUUUUAAAUCCCCCUCGCCCCAUCUCCCCAAACCCUGAGCUCGUUCCCUCUCCCUCUCCCCCACCCCCCUCUCUCUCUCGGAAGUGUGGUUACUGCUUGGGGAGCAGCCGAGCCUGGCGCAAAAGGGGAAACGUUGAUGCAUCGCUGUGGAAAUUCAUUGUGUGACUUUCUGGGUAUUUACUGAGUUUCAAACCGAGAUGCAGCUCUUGAAAGCUUUAUGGGCAUUAGCAGGAGCAGCUAUCUGCUGUUUUCUUAUAUUUGUCAUCCACUCACAGUUCCUAAAAGAAGGUCAACUGGCUGCAGGUACAUGUGAGAUUGUUACUUUGGACAGAGAUAGCAGUCAGCCCCGAAGGACUAUAGCCCGACAAACAGCUCGCUGUGCAUGUAAAAAAGGACAGAUUGCCGGUACGACAAGAGCAAGGCCAGCCUGCGUUGAUGCACGAAUUAUCAAAACAAAACAGUGGUGUGAAAUGCUUCCAUGUUUAGAAGGAGAAGGCUGUGAUUUGCUAAUCAAUAAAUCAGGCUGGACCUGUACACAACCAGGUGGGCGAAUAAAGACAACCACGGUCUCCUGACAAAUGCAGCAUCAAAGAAUCCUCGUAUGAGUGGUCUAGGUUCUGUGUGAGCUACUUACUUUAGUCAAGUUUCACUGCUGUGGAUCAUCAUCCAUUAUAUGUCAUCAACUCAACUGUCUGUUUCUCUAUAUCUCAUAAAAGACAGCAUAAUUCCUCCACAUUAUGAGCUAAAAGUCUGUUCUACCAUAAUAAGGAGCACCGGACUAAGGAAUAUAGAUAUAAGAGAUACGCUUGGGCAUUAGCAAUACAAAAAGUUCAUGGUUAACGUUUCAUCUGCGUUAUACACACUGCUGGACUUGAUGUAACCCACAUGUUUUAUUCUGAAGAGUCUACUACACUGAAGAGUAUUCAUCCCAAUCAGCCUUAGAGAAGACUGUUUUGUCUAUGGGAGGACACUGAGGUGCAAAAGAGAAUCUCUUCUUGUGCCCUGGACUGUAUGAAUUGCUUUUAUUUUCUUAUACUUUCAGUAUAUACAAUAGACCAAAGAGCAAAAUCUAUUUUAAAGUGGACACAAUCUUACUGUUAACAGAGCUAUCUGGGUUAAAUUGUAGGGUGAUCUUCACAAAGAGAAGAAUUCAGCUCUCACAAAGCUGAGAUGUUCCUGUCCAGCAGAAGUCUUCAUGGAACACUGCAGUAAAAACUAAACCAGAAAAUUACUCUUGAAAAAAACACAUUAUAAACAAUGAAAAGGAGCAUGGAGAGAAAACAACAUAUGUUUGAAAAACUAUGAUGAAACAACUGCAAACUGUCUACAUGGCAUCUUUAUUCCUCUGUACUUAGAUUGACUUUCUCGUACUAAAAUCAUUUUCAGUUUUAACCAGUUAAACAUGCCUCUUCUACAGUUCCAUUUUUGAUAGUUAAAAUUGGAUAAUACAGUAUUUGCAAAGAGCAUGUUUGGUCAUCUGUGGCCUAUGUCUCAUCUGAUACACCAUUUAGCACCAGAAAGCAAAUUAAAGAAAAAAAGUAACACUUGUUUGAAAGAGAUCAUUAAAUGUAUUUUGAAAAGCCUAAAGUUAUAUAUUUAACAGUUUUUAUAUGUUGUAUAUUUGUAGAAAAUCCUAUUUAACAAUUAACGUGGUGACUCUGACAGUCAUGACAAAUGGUUCAGAGUUAAGUUGUGUUUUAUUACUUCAGUUGUCUCUGAAGUGGCAGGUGUCGUUUGCUUUCUUCCAUUGGGACAUUCUGGAUGUAAAGCAUGACCAGAAAGGACUCUGUAGAAAAAGCAAAGAAUAAUGUUGUUUAUAUUACAUAAAUGCAUUCAACCAUUGCACUGUUGGAAGGCAUUUUUUGUCUUUAUGUACUGGUAAAAAUAGAGUGUAAAAUAUUUUAAUCAUGGCUUUCCAUACCGAGUUAUUUUUCUCUCUCUUUCUCCUUCUCCCCACCCACCUCAACAUAAUACAGUAUAAAGGUCAAAUUGCAGCCUGUUCCUUGACCCAGAUUCAAUGUUUUACCUCAUUGUUAGGAAGCCCACUUUUUUGGCAUUAUCAGGUAGUGAAAAGUUGAUGCAAAGACAGCAUAGAAAAAAGGGUAAAUGAAUAUAAAAAGAUAAUCCCUCACUCCUUAUUACUGUACCUUUCUAUGUAUGUCUGGUACAUAUUCAGAUGAUGAAAUCCACAAAUGAGAUUAACUUCUUCCUGGCAAAUGUAUUCCAGUUUUAACUAUUUCGCCAAGUUUCCACUGUAGUAUACUACCUAAUACUCCAAUUAACUUUUAAUACUAUGCUAGUUCUAUGCUACUAAAGAAAAUAUAUAGAGAGAUUGUUCAAGCAACCAUAGUUGAAAAGUACAAAUACAAAAAGGUGUUUUUUGGUUUGGGUUUUUUUUGUUUUGUUUUUUUGGUAAGGCCUGUUCCACUAUUCAGGCUUACUUAAUACACAGGUUGCAAAAACCAUGAAUUUUAGGUGACUGUGUCUUUUGAGUAAAGUAAAUAUAUACGAAUUUCUUAUUUAAUCUUAAAGUUUUUGACCAGUGUCAAAGUAGCAAUUCAAGGCCAGCCACUUGAAAACCAUUAUAGACUGACUGCACUAUAAAUGACCAAUGUCUGCUUUAAAAUCUCAUGCAAUAAAUGAUGGUAAUUACAUUUACUGUACUACUAGAACUCAAGAGCCAGAUCCCUCACUCCACCAACUUUCUGUUUUGUUUCAGUUGAUUUUUAAAGGGGAGUAUAGUAGCCUUAUUUAGUAAACACAGAAAAAAACUAAAGAUGUUACAUUUUUGUUGCUUUACAGUAUUCAGUUUUGUGUUGGU